UAUCCAUCUCCGAAUCAUAAGCGACCAAGAGUGUGGGUUUAGCCUUAUGAGGAUGUUUUUUGCCCAACCAAACCUCACCGCUACCGUUCGUGGCCAUUCAUAAGUGAGAGCAACUGACAAAAUUCAUUUGGGAAACAGGCAAAACAAAAGACUUAUUGUUUGACCAGAUACUUUUCUUGGCAUCCUCCAUUGUCCAGAGGUCUACACUACCAUUAGUGGCAAGUAGCGAAUGGGAGUAUUCAAAAACCGCUAUUUUCCCUCCGUAGUUCAUCAGAUGUGGAUGUGGGCGAGAGAUGUCGUCUAAAGGUAAAUUGACCAAAGAGAACUCCCCUGAAGUCAAGUCAAAAACAUAUGACAACUAAUGUAUUUUUCCAUCUGAGCUUACCUUGUGAGCAUGGACGAGGAAUGACGUCGCUUUGAGUGUUUCGCCAUGUAGCUUGAGGAGUGAGGACCAAUAUGUGAUACUUGGAUUUGGAUGUCACUACUCUUCCCUUUAUCAUUGCUAAGCUCCCAAGCUAUGUUAAUAUUCGGACGCUGUUGCGGCCUAGUCUUGAGGAAAAAGUUUUACAUAAAUACUAUAUUGCAGAGCUGAGAAAUGGAAAAUCAAAGUCUGUUUUAACAUGUGUGCAGUUUUCAAAAACACCUAAAACGGCACGCAAGGUGUGCCUAGUUACUCCAUGGUGAUCGAGAUUGACGAAGCGAACGACGAGACGAAGGGCUUAUAAUCUGCUCAUAAACCCUAAUUUUUCGAUAUUUUAAUAUUCCAUCGUUUUUCUCACCCAGAUCCUUAAAGCAUUCAUAGAUCUUCACCAGACAUUAGAAUUUCGGAGAUUUUAAUAUUCCAUCAUAUUCGUUUCAGGUCCCGUGGUUCUGUUUUCGGUAAUUGGAUUGCGUUGUCAUCCAUCAUGUAUUCUUUGACACUCCAUGGAAGAAGUUUAGUACAGUUACAGAAAUGGCGUAGCUUUAGUGUUUCAGCCACCCUUUUCCAAAAUGCAUCCACUUCCGUUGAUGUGGGCCCUAGAUAUGGUCCGAAAGGUAAGAGCUUUACUGUGUCUUACCUCGUUGGUUCGCUGGGUUUAGCUACAAAACUCGCUGAGUCGAUCUCCAGGAGAGUCAGCUUCGAGGACAAGAGCAAUCCCGAUUCCGUUCUGAGUCUUUUCAGGAGCCAUGGGUUCACAGAUUCUCAGAUCUCCACCAUCAUUACGGAUCACCCACGACUGCUUUUACUAGAUGCUGAGAAAUCACUUGCUCCCAAGCUUAACUCCCUGCAGUCUAGAGGAGCUGAGCUCACUGAGAUCGUUUCAAAAGUUCCCAAAAUCUUGGAUAAGAGACAAGGCAGAUCUAUCAACCUCUACUAUGAUCUUGUCAAAGACAUUGUCGAAGCUGAUACGUGUUCCAAGAAGUCAUGGCCAGAUGGUAGGCGGGGGAACAAAAUCAGAAACGUUUUGGUUUUGAGAGAUUUGGGCAUGCCUCAGAAGCUCUUCUUGCCCUUGCUUGUCUCCCUUGCCGAACCCGUCUGUGGAAAACAGAGAUUCGAAGCAUCCCUCAAGAAGGUCGUUGAGAUGGGUUUUGAUCCGACAACCUCGAAGUUUGUCACAGCUCUGCGCAUGCUUUACCAAAUGAGCGACAAGACGAUUCAAGAGAAAGUUGCAGUCUAUAAAAGUGUAGGCUUCACUGUAGAAGCUAUAUGGGAGAUGUUCAGAAAGUAUCCAUUCUCUCUAGCUUACUCUGAGAGGAAGAUAAUAAACAUAUUUGAAACGUUUCUAGGCCUGGGAGUGACUAGAGACGAGUUCGCUACGAUGAUCAUGAGCAGUCCUCAGUGCAUUGGGUUUUCUGCAGAGGCGUUGAAGAGAAAGACUGAGUUUCUAGUGAAGAAGAUGAACUGGCCUCUAAAGGCCCUGGUUUCGCGCCCUCAGGUGUAUAACUACAGCAUGGAGAAAAUGAUUGUGCCAAGGAGUAACGUGAUCGGAGCUCUAAUGUCCAGAAGGUUGCUCAGAGAUGGAGUCAGUGAAAUCCCUCCGCCUCUGCCGUCGGUUUUUGCAUGUACGGACCAGGCGUUUUUAAACAGGUAUGUGCUCAAGGUAGAUGACAAGGAGCUUGUGGCUGAGCUGAUGGCUAUCUUCAAUGCUGACUGUGCUUCAUAGAUCUUGAUGACAAUGGGUGAGAGUAGUAAACAGGAGAAUGCAGUCAGAGAUAUAUGAAUAAAGCGUGCCUCAGAAGCUGUUAUUCUCGUUGCUCUUCUCUGAUCAACAUGUCUGCUUUCAAAAAAAAAAGAGAUCAAGGUUAUGGAGGAUGGUUUUUAUCCGGCAACUUUAAAGUUUGUCCAAGCUCUGCAGGUUGUUUACAGAAUCGGCGACAGAACAAUAGAAGAGAGAGACGAUGCCUAUUAAAAGUUACGUUUGGCUGUGGGAGAUGUAUGGGAAAUGUUUAAGAAGUGUGUCCACACUCUCUGACAUAAUACGAGAGGUUUGAAACCCUGGAGAAGUGUGGCUUACUUAAAGACAAGGUCAGCUCAAUGCUCAAGAAGUUUCUACAAUGUAUAGGGAGUUUGAGUUUCAGAGUAGAAGAUAGAUAAUUUUAUUGAAACAUUUCUAGGCCUAGGAUUCAGGAGAGAUGAGUUUGUGGUGUGUUGGUCAAGUGCAGCCAUCCUCAGUGUCUUAAUCAUUUUGCAGAGUCGGUGGAAGAAGAUUGAGUUUAUGGUGAAGAAGAUGAAUUGGCCACUAAAGCCCCUGGUUUUGCACCCUAAGGUAUUUGGAUGCAGCCUGGAGAAGAGGAUGGUACCAAGGUGUAACGUAAUCAAAGCCCUCAUGUCCAAAGUAUUGCUCGGAACUGAACUACCACCAAUACGGUCUGUUUUGUUGGAUACUGAUGAGCUGUUCUUAAAAAGGGAUGUGAAAAUCUAGGUUUAGUAGUAUAAGGUGUUACUCUUUAAUUUGAAUAGUUAUUAUUAUCAGAGUGACUAGAUGAUAACCCGCGCUCUGCGCGGAAUGAUUUUUUUAAAAUAUAUUGUAUUUAAAUAUUAUAAAUAGUAUACUUUGCUAUGAAUAACUUUUUUGUACAAUUGAAUCUUAGGAGUGGACAUUCGGGUACAAUUUGGUUUGGUUCGAUUUGGCUCGGUUCGGUUUGUUUUGAUCUUUGCAAGUUUGAUUUAAUUCGAAUCUUUGCGGGUUUGGUUUGAGUUUGGAUUCGGAUAACUACUUUAACUUUAAAAACAAAAUAAAAUUCAUAUUUACUUUAAAUAUCUCAAAAUCUAAAAAUAAAAAUAAUAUAUAACAUAUAAAUUAGAAUAAUGUAUGCCAAAAUACUUAAACUUAAAAUAAAAUUUGGUUUAUCUUAAAUAUUUGGAUAUGAAAUAAAUAGAUAUUUUAAGUAAUUUUGGUAUUUUGAGUAUCCUUUAACUAUUUUAAACAUGUACUUUUAACUAUUUAUAUAUAUUUUUAAGUACUUUGGACAACUUAAAAACAUCUUAUAUAUUUUGUAUAUUUUUUAAAUAUUAAAUUUUAAAAUAAUUAAUAUAUUUAAGUAUAUAUAUAUGGUUCGAAUAUAUUCGGACACCCGAAAUAUUUUGUUUCGGAUCCGGUUCCAUUUUGGUUCUCUAGAUACCAAAAUUUUGAACCCGUUCGGAUAUCUAACCAAUUUUUAUUAAAGUUCAUUACUACCAUUGGUACGAUUUUUUGGAUUCAGAUUUUUUGCCCAAACCUAUAUUUUUUAUUGUAACAAAAUUUUAAACAAAAUUGAUGAUGAUUCGUAUUGAUUUUGGGUAUGCAAUCAUUUUUAGGCCAAAAUACAUUCUUCUAUGUACGUGGCACAUCUAGUUAAGGAAAACAAUGGACUGAACUAAAGAAAACAUUACCAUUUCAGAUUUUUAAUCGACACUUUCAAAUUAUUCAUUUUCGGUAUUGUGACGAAGAGAAAGGGGGUAAAGGUUACGAAAGCAAAUUUGUUGUGCAAUCCAUAUUCUCGCUAGAUGAUUUCAAUAGCUUCUAAAUAAAUCUUUGGUGUAUCGACCGAGAUUUAGUAAUUUAUAGACGUUUAAAAAAAUUAAAAUAUAACAUAUAAGAAAAAAAUCUAAUUUUUUUAUUAUAUGGUUAAUGUGAUUGUUUAGUUUAUUUUAAAAAAUAUAAACUUUCAAAUAUGAGAAAAUCUCGUGAUAAAUAAAUUGUAUUAUGUUGUUAUCGAUUAUUUGGUGUGCAAGUCAAGUUAGUAUGAAUAAUAUCUUGUUAAGAAUCUUGUAGAUAAGGAUUAUAUUUUUGAAAUAUUUGCUGAAUAAUAUCUUUGUAAUUUUCUUGUAGAUAAGGAUUAUAUUUUCGAAAUUAGUAGUUACAAAUAUUUUUUAAAUAAAUAAUACAUGUAAUUCCUAACUUAUACUCUAUUUUUU